UUAAAUGGCUGGAGGGAUUUUGGCGACGCGCCGGAAGCAGCAGGUUGGACAACAGACAGAGGAGAGCGCGGACACUUCAUCUCUCACCUGCAUCUUUUUUUUUAUUAUUUGUAUUUUACACCAGGGAAUAAAAACAACAUGGCUCUGAGCCAGGAAUCCGUGUUGAGUUUUCUGCUAGAGCGCGGAGGCAAAGUGAGAAACUCGGAGCUUGUGAACCAUUUCAGGAGCCUCAUUAACAGGGGCGACCCCGCGGAAAAGCAGCACAACAGAGAGCUAUUCAAGAAGCUGGUGAACAGCGUCGCUGUGGUCAGACAGAUCGACGAGGUGAAGUUCGUGGUGGUGAGAAAGAGGUACCAGGACUUUGUGAAGGAGGAGAGCUGCAUCCAGCAGAGCUUCUGCGCUCCAAACCCCAGUGAUAAUAGGAACUACAGAGAGGGGGGUUUGCAGGGAAGCAGGCCGUUAUCCACCGCGGAUUCAACCAUGGUUAAAGUCCUGAAUAUCUCCGGGGAUCAGCGGAGCAGAGCACGUAAAUCUGGAGCUGUGUUCGCUGUCAUAGCGGUCAGAUCCCCGGGGAGAGACUCUGCAGCAGGAGCAGAGGAUGGAUCACCUUCCCAGGUGGAUCAGCAUGGAAACCCAAACAAACCAGUCAUCAGAGUUUCCUCCCUCCCGCUUCUUUCUUUCUACUCAUCUCAGCAGAGGAGUUCAAUAAAAGAGCCCCAGUGCUGGAAAUCCAGACAGACAGAGGCCAAUCAGGGCUCUCCCCUAGUGGGGCCCCUAAACAAGAACCCCAAUGAGGCCAAGUUCAAUGAGUCUGUGCCGUUGGAGCCAAUGGUUCAUGAAUGGAUUGUGAAGUGUGCUGCUGGGCUGUGGGGACAAAUAUACGGCUUACUUCUGCAGGACACACGCUUAGCACAGAGGAAGGACUUCAUGUCAGGUUUCACUGCCCUGCACUGGGCUGCAAAGGACGGCAGCUGUGACAUGAUUCACAAACUCAUGGAUGUUUCCAGCAAAAGAGGCACGUAUGUGAAUGUCAACAGCAAGUCACAUGGAGGGUACACACCUUUGCAUAUUGCAGCCAUGCACGGGCACGGCCAGGUCGUGGUUGCUCUUGUGCAGCGUUAUGGAGCCAAUGUGAAUGAAAGAGACAACGACGGCAAGAAGGCGCUUCACUACCUGGGGAAGGGUGCAUCAGCUGAGGUCAGGGGCCUGCUGGGUGGAGGGCAGCAGGGCGGAGAGAAGACGGAGGAGGAGGAGUACAAGGAGCAUGGAAGGGGCUUCAACACCAUCAGCAAACUGUUCCAUCCUCACUUAGGAAAGAAACAUAAGACAUGUAGGUUUGUUAACGAAUGCUGAGAGAGAUGAUCUGCUCUUGAAGAUGAACUCACCCUAAUUUGUCAAGCGAUCUGCUCCUGUAGUCCUCCUGCAGCAAGAUGGACGGACAUGGCCCUGAGCGGCUUCUAAGAGGCAGUUCACAGCAAAAAACUUGUAAAAGAGAAACGCUGCAUUGAUCUGAUAUCUGGAGAAAACUGUCUUACUGCAGGCAUAUCUCUAGUAAAUCAAAAAAUAACUCUAAACCUUAAAAAUAUGUUGAGCAAAUGGUAGUUUUGAAACUGUAACCUUUUAAACUUUUGGUAUAACUUUCUACUGAAAUCCAGCCUACUGUAGUUUUUAUAUAAAUGAAACCUGAACUACAAAUGUCACAUAAUAUUCUCAUUAUCAGUUCGUAUGAAAUCGUACGAAAAGUUAUGCACAGUAUUUCGUACGUUUUGGACGUUUUUCCUCGA